ACGUCAUCGAUGUAACAUUAUAAAUACAAAUAGUGGACAGGAUGUUAAUGCGCUCAGUCUUUAUUCAUAUUUACUCGCUUGUUUUCUGCCCUUCUUCUUCUUUGAUAAUACAUAUCCCGAUACUCCAGAAAACUCUCUCGGGUUGUCCAUUUUCAUUUACUGUUUAGUAUAGUUAAUUAUGGAUGGAAUAAGAUUGAUAGGGUUUAUAUGUUUGUUGUCGUUUUACCGUUGUCUUGAUGGGGCGACCAUCGGGCUAAACGAACUCGUGGAAACAAUUCGAUCUAGCUCGAACAAUGAGAUCAAUUCCAAUAGAAUUUUCAACACUCCAGAAGUAAUAGAAAAAGCAGGUUAUUCCACGGAAACUCACGUUGUAACAACAGAAGAUGGCUACAUUUUGACGUUACAUCGUAUCCCAGGUGGCAAUGCAUCUCUACCUGUAUUACUGGUACACGGUGCUUUUAACGAUGACAGUGUUUGGAUCACUCUUGGUAAAGGCAAAGCACUCGCUUAUUUAUUAGCGGAUCAGGGGUACGAUGUUUGGUUGGCUAAUAUGCGUGGUACUACUUAUUCGAGAGAGCACAUUUCCCUAUCAACAUCAGAUUGGAAAUUUUGGGAUUUUAGCUUUCACGAAGAAGGAAUGUAUGAUGUGCCCGCGAUGAUUACAUAUAUCACAAAUAUGAGAUCACAACCAUUGCACGCGUACAUUGGUCAUUCUAUGGGCACAACAGCUUUUUACAUAACGAUAGUAGAGCGUCCAAAAUUUGCUGAAAUGGUGAAAAUGAUGUUCAGUUUCGGACCAGCAGUUUUCGUAGACCAUAUGAAAAGUCCAAUACGACCAGUACUUUAUUUGAUAAAAGAGUUUCAGCCACUAUUGCGAGUUUUGUUCCAUAACGAAUUAUUUCCGCAAGAUUUUUAUAACACACUAAAGACGUUACUCGGUUGCAACCUGGAUUAUUACCAAUCGGAGUUCUGCGUCAAUAAUUUAUUAUUUAAUCCCCUCGGUUACGAUCCCGAGCAAUUAAAUUUUACUCGGUUGCCUUUCAUCGUGAGUCACCUACCUAUCGCCGUUUCGCUUAGGACUAUGGUGCACAUUGUUCAAAUAAUUGAAUCGCGUACGCCUCGUCAAUACGAUUACGGUCCAGAGAAAAAUCUCUUGAUAUAUAAAUCGGUAGAACCUCCAACGUACAAUCUAUCGAGUAUCAAGGUACCGACAGUAAUAUAUUACGGCGACAACGACUUGUUUAUAGAUCCCAUUGAUGUAAAGAGGUUUUACCAUUUUCUACCCAACGUAAUAGAUAUGUACGAAGUGCCGUGGGCCAAUUUUAAUCAUAUGGACUUUAUAUUUGCUAAUGAUGCGCCAAAGCUUUUGUACGAAAGAAUUUUGAAGAUCAUGAGAGGAAAAUCCACUCAGUCUUCUUUAUUCAUUUCGCUCGCUUGUUUUCUGCCCUUUUCGAUAAUACAUAUCCCGAUACUCCAGAAAACUCUCGAGUUGUCCGUUUUCUUUCACUGUUUAUUAUUGCUAAUUAUGGAUGGAAUAAAAUUGAUAGGAUUUAUGUGUUUAUUGUCGUUUUACGAUUGUCUUGAUGGGGCGAUCAUCUUGCCAAACAAACCCGUGGAAAGAAUAAUUCGAUCUAGAAGGAACGACGAGCUCAAUUCAGAAUUAAUUCUCAGUACUCCAGAGAUAAUUAAAAAAACGGGUUAUCCUUUGGAAACUCACGUUGUAACAACAAAAGAUGGCUAUAUUUUGACAUUACAUCGUAUCCCAGGUGAAAACGGCUCUCUACCUGUUUUACUAGUACAUGGUGCUUUUAGCACUGACAUUGUUUGGAUCACUCUUGGCAAAGGCAAAGCACUUGCUUAUCUAUUAGCGGAUCAGGGAUACGAUGUUUGGUUGGGCAAUUUACGUGGUACUACUUAUUCGAGGGAGCACAUUUCCCUAUCAACAUCAGAAUGGAAAUAUUGGGACUUUAGUUUACACGAAAUGGGAAUCUAUGAUGUACCAGCGAUGACUACAUAUAUCACAAAUAUGAGAUCACAACCAUUGCACGCGUACAUUGGUCAUUCUAUGGGCGCAGGAGUUUUUUACAUAAUGGCAACAGAGCGUCCAAAAAUUGCUAAAAAGGUGAAAAUGAUGAUCAGUUUCGGACCAGGAGCUUUUGCAGAUCAUAUGAGAAGUCCAAUACGACUAAUACUUUAUUUGAUAAAUGAGAUUCAGCCAAUAUUGCGAUUAUUGUUCCAUGGCGAAUUAUUCCCGCAAAGUGCUUAUAACAUACUAAAGAUGUUAAUUGGUUGCAACCUGAAUUUUUAUUUUGCGGAGGUGUGCGCCAAUUUUCUCAUAUUUACUCCCAACGGUUACGACCCCGAGCAAUUAAAUUUAGAGAGAAGGAAAUUCAAAUAUUUAUAGUAUCACGCUACCGAUGGCGAUAUACUACAGCAACAACGACUUGUUUGCAGAUCCCAUUGAUGUGAAGAGGUUGUACAAUUUACUACCCAACGUAAUAGAUAUGUACGAAGUGCCGUGGCCCAGUUUUAAUCACGUGGACUUUAUGUGGGCUAAAGAUGCGCCAAAGCUUUUGUACGAAAGAGUUUUGAAGAUCAUGAAAGAGAAGUAUUCAAGCAUUUUGUAACCACGAUAUGGUAAUUAAAUACAUAGGUGAUCUGAAUAUUGCACACUAAACUCUAGUAUUGAAUACAACUCAGAUAGCACCAUGUCUAAAAUUGGAACAUAAGAUAUCAUUACAAAAUCUUUAUUAAGACAUCUUUAAGAAAUCAUAUGAUAUGAU